AAUUUGUAAUAUUAUAUUCUACCCUACAGGUAAAUGAGUUAGAAAAGAAGCUCGCUAAUACCAAGCAACAACUAGUUGAUGAGCUUACCAUAAUCAAAGAGCAGCUUCACAGAACAGCAUCUGCUACCAAAGAUAGCUUACUGAAGUCUGAUCAACAACUGGACAAUAAGUUAGAUGAAAUGAAGCAGCAGUUUAGUAUAUAUAGUUGUCAAAAACAAGAAAUUGAAGAAUUAAAAGAUGAAAUUAAAGUAUUUUAGAGAUCAAAACAGGAGCUAGAAAAUCAGCUGUCAUUAAAGCAAGAAGAGGUCAUGUCAUUUCGUAAAAUGCUCUCAGGGUUUCAGAGUUGUUGGGAAGUUAGUCAUGGAAACAUUUCUUCAUCAAAAAAAGCUUUGGGUAGAGGAGCAUGGGGUGUCGUCCUGAUGGGUCAAUUGAGGGUAGCAGUCAAACAAUUACACCAAGCAAUUGAAAAUCCGCAUUAUUUAGAGAUACUUUAUCGUGAGAUUGAUAUAAUGUCACAGUUACGUCAUCCUAAUCUCCUCCAGUUUAUAGGAGCUGUAUUAGAUGAUCCAUCAGGCUAUCCUCUAAUUAUCACUGAAGUAAUGGAUACCUCAUUACGUAAAGCUUAUGAGAACAAGGAACUAACUCCUGAUCCAGGCUGUAGACCAGUGAUUCUCUCUAUAAUGCAUGAUGUAGCUGUUGGUUUAAACUACCUACACUGUCUACCUGAUCCUAUUAUUCAUCGUGAUGUCAGCAGUGGUAAUGUACUCCUUCAGUCAAUUGCUGGACCCAACAAAUGGAAAGCAAAAGUAUCCGACUUUGGAUCAGCUAAUUUAGCUCAUAAAUCAAAUACAAGAGCACCAGGAGCAGCAGCAUACAGUGCACCAGAAGUACUUCAAAGUAUUAAAAGCUAUGAUUCUAAGAAGCAAACUACAAAGAUGGAUGUAUUCAGUUAUGGUGUUCUACUUUGUGAAAUAAUCGUGUGUCGCUUUCCAGACAUGGACUUUUUUCAAGACAUGCUUAGUCAAGUCAAAACUAUUGGUGCUAGACCGAGAUGUAACAGAUAUACUCAAGGCAUUCUUUUACACUCUCUUAUUGAUUUAUGUAUGAACAAUGAUCCUCUGAAGCGACCAACAAUGAAUCAGAUUGUAGAAAAACUGGAUGCCAUAUAAAUUAGUUUAACUGU